AGACCGCGCUAAAUAAACACGUCAAUAAGAUUUAUUUGUGCGGCACUCCAUAAGCGCGCUAUUUUUAGCGUCGGAAUUUUCAAAUUAAGCACGCUCUCGGAUAGUUUUCAUUCACCGUCCGUUUACUAUGCACCGUUUCGCGUGUUUUCGUAUCGCGAGCGGCGCGUUUUCGAAAGAAUACCGAAAAUGAGCGAUUCGAGCAGCGAUUCGAAUUCUUCGGACGCCGGCGACGAACGGGACAAUGCCAAUUUUGCCCGCGAGAAACGCGACGUUUCCGGUCGGUGGGGCGCGAAAGAACCGCCCUACUUUCCGUUGAGGCGGGUGGUUUGGCCACCCCCGUCGACGUCAUCGGCAUCGAGACAUGCGACAAGACAAGGCAACGUCGGUUUCGGAUCGAAAAUGCAACUUUUCUCGAAAACGGGAUACUUUUUAGCCGUUUACGCGGACGGCAGGGUACGGGGGACGAGGGACGAGAACGAUCCUCACACGUUUCUGGAGAUCGUAGAGGGCGGGGGCCUACCCGAGCACGUCAUGAUCCGCGGCAUGUUGACGAACUCAUACGUAGCGAUGGACAGGACGGGCAGGCUAUAUGCCGAACCAGAUCCGAACUCUACGUCGGCGAUUUUUGUGGAAUCUUUCCAAGGGUCGUACAACGUUUACCUGUCGAGGAACUGGGCGCACCUCGGCUGGUACCUCGGCAUUAAAAAGUCGGGCAAGUUUAAGAGGGGCCCGAAGACGAAAUUGGGCCAGAAGGCUAUCAGGUUUCUGCCCAGAAGGACAAAAUUUGAGCAGUAGAAGGAAAUGUACACGCCAACCGCACCUCUUAUAAGUUUCUAAUGUUUAUUUCUUGUCCGUAAUCAUUUCAAGUAUUACUCAGCGUCAGUAUUCUUUCUUAUGUCUCUCUUUAUCUCUGGUAAUUGCAUUUAUAGCGUUAAGCAACGUAAUUGAGUAUUUAAAGACGUAAACGUAUCUAGAUUUGUUAACUAUAGUCGUCUAGUUUGAUUCACUGCACUAAUUGUCUAAAUAAACACCACAAACAUUGCGACUGACAUUAUUCUUUUAACUAGUGAGGAUGGAAUGAACCCCAUAGUCCGUCUAUAGAUGGAAUUGCACGUGAUUUCAGUUUACUUUAAGAAAAAUGCGGGCCAGCUUUGGAACACAAAACCACAGAUCACGAAAGGAAAAAAAAACUGCACCAUAACAAUGACAUGGGAUUUAUGUUUCGGAAGUGUUUGGUGAAUCUUUUCAAGUGUUCAGGUGUGCCG